GUCAUAUGUCAAUGUCAAGUCAAAAUCAAAAUAUUAUUUUUCUAUGUGUAAUCAAUUUUAAUUACUUAUGAUCUCCAAAUUAUAACCUAAUUCCAAAGGAAAUAAAUAAUCACUAUAAUUAAUUAAUUAUACGUUAGUAAUUCCAUAAAAUACUACGCUACGCGUACGCUGUACAUUGCUCAGCUACUAAACUAACUAACAACAUGAUUGAUGGAAGUUGGAACAAUUCUAAAUUAAGUGCACUAAGAAAUAAUUCAGUAUAGUCCUUACUCCACUGAUAAAUAUCGUUAAUCCUAGUCGUAUCAAUUUACAUGUAAAUAUGGCUAUCAGGAACAUAAUAUCAGUGCUGUUAUCUAAGACUUCACAGUUUGCUUACUCAAGAAUAUAUUUUGGUGCAUGUAAAAUAGUAAGAGAGGCCGGAAACUCCAAUUCUGAACUAUGUAGCCAUUUUUUGGUUUUUCCGGUUAGGCCAAUAUCAAAAUUUGCAUCCAACAUUAAAAAAGAAAAAGUAAAUGAUGAUGCUUCCAAAAUUAGAAUAAUUAAAGAUCUUAAUUUUCAAUCUGAUGAUGAUGCUCUACCAUUUUAUGUAUUACCCAUCAAGACUUUAUUGCAAAUUUACAAGAUAACUAAGAAAGAUGAAGAAUGUGGUUACUGUAAAAACAGAUUGUAUUACAUUGCAGAAAAAAUCAAAUGUCCUCCCAAUGUCCUUAGCCAACAUAUUGCUAAACGAACCUUCGUUUACAACUUAACGUUUGACUGGCUUGAAAGUUCUUUGAAUGCUCUACUAGAUAUGGGUGUGUCUGGUGACCGUAUACUGAGAGAUUUGUGGGUGCUUAAAUAUCAUCACAAAACUAUACAAGAAAGGCUGCAGAGAGUUAGAAGAUCAGGAGUUGAUAAUCUUUGUCCUUGGAUGGUUAGAUGUUCUGAAGAUACACUGAGCAGGUCAAUUCAAAUAUGCCAAGAAACUAAAUCUAUCCUUGGCGAAAACAAGGAUACCAAAAAAUAUCUUGCAAAUCGAUUAAACCUCUCUCCAGAUAUUAUUGAGGAUAUGUUCAUCAAAGUUCCAGCUUUGAAAACCACCCGAGCUGCCAAGGUGAAAAACUUCCUAGACUUCUUGUUGGAACAGGGCUUUAGCCUAGAAGAUAUUACAAAUAAGGCAAGGAUACUUGCAUCAUCUCAAAAUACUGUAAAACAAAGACUAGAAAAGUUAAGAGCUUUGGGUUUAUGUAAAAUUAAUUUGAAUGUAUUGUGUAGAAGUAGAAAAGGUUUCCAAAAAUAUUGUGAAUCUAUAGAGAAUAUAGGGAAAUCAUAGUUAAUAAUAUACUUAUUUACAAUAUUAUUUAAUAAAGUUUAUAUUAUA